AUGUCAAACGAUCAACUCACAAUCGAUACCUUGAGAGAAUUGAAUUCCAAGCUUAUUUGUGAAACUGGAGCUGUUGAAAAUGCUGAACUUAAAGCUAGAGUUGCGAAAUUAGAACAGAAGCAAUUGCAAACCGAUGAAAAGAACAACUUUAUUGCCUCACAAAAUAAUACUUCAAAUUCUGAUGUUGCUCCUGAACGAAUAGAAAAUAGUUCCAAUAAUACACCUGAUGAUAAUAAUAAUAAAAUUAGUGAAAUAUUUGAUAUACAAAUUCCUGAAUUCUUGCUAGAAGUAAUUAUAACAGGAUCCAGCAAAAUUACAGCACAAAAUAUAACCAAUUUAUUUAUAAUAGCAAUGAAAGUUAGACAAAAAGAGAUUUUGUGCUGGUAUUGUUAUUAUAAAGUAUAUGAGUGUAUAAAUAAAAUUGAUGACCAAUCAGCAAGAACAUUGGUAUACAAUGAGAUAAAAACACUUCUUCCAGAUAUUACUGAU